AUGGUACACAUCGACCAUGAGUCGUUUCCUCAUAUCAUAGACCUCAUCUUGGAAUAUGCCCCAGCCGGCUCGCUCCUCGCUUUCCGGCCCACGUCACGCGCGUUCCUCAUCAAAGCCGACUCACUCAUAUUUCGUCACAUCGUGGUCCUCCCUCUCCAGGACAGUGAAGUCAAGCACCUUUCAAUAAGUGACCAGUGCCGAGCACCUGUGCGAUUGAGUGGGUUCAAUGGGCCUCUUCCUGGCAAGCUUUACCUGUCCGCAUCGCCCGCACAGCGUCGUGAAUGGUGCACGCGCCUGAGACGUUACUGCAAAGUGGUGGACUAUCACCGGCCCGUUCAAUACGUGUACGAGUUCCAACGCGACGAUCCGGACCCCACCGUCCUCCUCCUCUCAACCUUAUCCGAGGCGAGCGUCUCACGUAUCCCUACGACAAUAUACAACUGUUCUGAAGCAUCUCGCCGCAGCAGCGUCGACUUUGUUCUCCUGACGCCUUCGGAAUAUGGCUGGGGGACGUCCCCAAUGGCAACGGUGGCCGACUUUCAGCGAGGUACAGAGAUUGCCGUCUUGAGUGUACAGUACAACCCGGCCUACCCGUUCAUUCUCGACUCAAGCAUCAUUCGGCAUGGCUGGGGGCCAGACGGCAAUCUUCGCCAGAUUGUAAUGAUCUUCACCGAGACACGGCAUGCGAUCCCUCAUCCCACUGGUGACACGCCAACACCGCUAACGGCAUGGGGAAUGUUGUCCUCCCUCCCUACCAUCAUCCGGUUCCUGCCAACUGUACCCCUGGCGAUUGUCGGAUUUGAGGCUAUCGAGCGACGCCUCCUGAACGUCUGCGAGGACGUGUGUGACGGCGACCUGUACGAAGCGUUCCAACUGGCUACCGAGGAGAUGAUACCGGGCGCCCCCAAGGGAAACCCACACGCUAUCGAGUUUCUGUCCAAGGACGAGUAUCGCAUGCGGGUUGGGGAUGAACAGUUUGAGCUCCAGACCGCCUGCCCUGCCUCAGUGCUCGCAUCGGUAGGUCCCUGGGAGGAACGUGCUGCCGCUCUGGCUGCCCAGUUGAACAAGACUUAA